UUAUUUUUUCGCGCAUGCGUACACGUCUUGUUUAUGACGGGCUAGCUUCGUUAGGCCAAGUAGAUUGGAUGAUUUCGUCCGUCUAAAUUGUAACUCACUGCCUUCUUUUGAGUCAGUAUUUCGUUCUACUGCUGCCAAACCUUCGUUACUCCAACAUGCUACAGUUCCUGGCUGGCUUUACCUUGGGAAAUGUCGUCGGGAUGUACCUGGCUCAAAACUAUGAUGUCCCCAACUUAGCCAAGAAAAUCGAGGCUUUUAAGAAAGACGUGGAGGCCAAGAAGAAGCCCCCAGAGUGAGCAUCCGGACCAUGAUGCAAAGCAAGCAGAUGCAACCCUGGAGAGAAACUAUUUAUUUUACAUGGCUAUGUUACAAUGAGUGUACAUUUGAUAAUAUGAUUGAGAAUAUUAACAGUGCCUGGAACCACACUUAUUUCUAACCUUUAGUUGUAUAGGCAUGUUCUCAUUGUAGCCUAUUUUUAUAAGAUAAAUUGUACAAAAACUGGAUUUAAAGAAUAUAACAACUGACUGGUGGGAACACUUUGGGUCCAGUAUGGCACUGUUGCCUUUUCUAUGAUGCACUAUGGUGUGAUAACUUGCACAUAACAUUAAUUAUAUUCACAUUAGGUGUACACAAUGUUCUUUAAAGGGAAUUUUAAUAGAGCAUUCAGUUGUUCUCUUCUGUUGUAUUCCACAUAAUCAAAAGGUUUUCCUUGACAAGUUUCUGGUGUGAAAAAUAACUGCCAAAUCUUGACAUUCGUGAAUCUGAAUCAUUCAGCUUACAAUAAAGUUGCUGUUAAGAA